CUCUCCGCAUUAUUGAUAUCCAUUUUGUCUCCCGCACUGAGAUGCCAAAGUCCCCACGGCCACUGCUGCACCUCCUCCGCGAAGCCUGUGGUUCCACCACUUCCUCUCUCGCAGAGCCCGCUCGAGUGGUCGAGGAGCCCGCGCGCGACGACACUCUUCCUGCCAGUCGUCUCGAACCGCUUCCCAGACCGCCUCCAUCGACCCAUGAGCCACUUCGAGCAAAUGCACCACCCAGACUCCAUCACUGGGGCCAGGGAUGUCGAUGCCGUGUCUGCCGCAAGAAACCCCCAAACCUCCCACAUGACUGGGUCCUCGUGGCGUGGAAGAAGAAGGUCGUCUACUACCACGACCAUGGCGCUAACUAUCCCAGCUAUCGACAAGCCAAAUGCGUGGGCGCGGUGUGGACUGUAGGUGGCGCAGUGGUCACAGAGGGUGUCGCUAGCGUUACCAAUGGCAGAGGUGGCAGACUCACAAGUGGCAGCAAUGCACCACACUUCACCUCGGACUUCCUGGACAGGCACACGCCAAGUGAGGACGAAGCGAUACACGGUGAUCGACUAGCUCUCGCGAUGGAUGUGACUCCCCCAGCAAGUAUGUUCGAAGAUAGCUCACCCGCGACUGAUAGCGCUCGCCCUCGAACCCGCUGGAAUAAUGGUGCUUGGGAGACUGAUGGUCUUGGUUGCUCACCAACAAAGCCUACAAAGCGAAAGCCAAAGGAGAUUCCCAUCAUCCCAUUCCGUGUCCUUGAUGCUCCUGCACUACGAGACGACUACUACUGCUCGCUUUUGGCAUACUCUCAUACAAUGCACUGCCUCGCCGUCGGUCUGGGACCCCAUGUCUACCUCUGGUCCGAAGUGAAAGGCACAACUCCAGCACAUAUUCCCGACUCGUUGACGGUCCCCUUUGGAGCGCACGUGACCUCGCUCUCCUUCAGUUCAAUCGAGGGGGGAAGCUCAAUUCUUGCCAUUGGACGCGCCGACGGCCGGGUCACACUAUGGAGCCCACAGGAUAACGAUCCACGCUUCGAUAGCGAACAGCCAGCUCCGGUGUCGUGUGUGUGCUUUCGACCAAAUGCUGUCAGGCGUCAGUCCGUCAAAGAACCAGGCUUGACUGUUUUCACAGAAGAGCUUUUGGUUGGCGAUGAGAUGGGAAAUGUCUACUAUUAUUCUGUCGAAUGGCCAACGCCAGAUAAACGCGAUCUUUUCGGCUGGCACGGAAGCAUGACGUUGAUUGCACGAUUCACCUGUCAUUCUCAGCAAGUCUGUGGACUUGCAUGGAGCAAGCGUGGAGAGUACUUUGGUACUGGAGGCAAUGACAAUCAGCUGUAUCUCUUCGAAUCGAAGAAGCUCUUUCCACGUUACAGCGGCAGCAGUGCUGCCAGCCCUGCAAGCGAUGUCACCGUCAUCAAUGGAAGCAGGCUGUCGCAGGGCGACGCUCUCGCUGGCCAAGGCGACGUGUUGGCGGUUGGCCCAGGACAAGAGAAACAUGUCUUUUCCCUGAACGCAGCUGUAAAAGCCAUAUGCUUUGCUCCCUGGCAGAAUUCUCUCGUAGCCGCUGGUGGAGGUAGCAAUGAUCGGUGCAUACAUUUCUUUCACGCGGUGUCUGGUGCCCGGUUGGCAACGAUUGACUGUCAUGCCCAGGUGACGAGUCUGGUGUGGAGUUCUACACGGAAAGAGGUUGCUGCUACGUUUGGUUUCGCCCAGCCCGAGCAUCCAUUUCGAGUCGCCGUGUUCGCAUGGCCUAGUUGUGAGAGGGUGGUGGGAAUCCCAUGGUGGGGUGAGGAGAGGGCGCUGUAUGCUGUAGGCUAUCCCGGGGGCGCCGAUGGAAACAAGUCAUCACAGAAUGGCACUAAGGGAAAGAAGGGCGAAGGGUGUCUUGUGGUGGCAACGAGUGAUGCGAGCAUCAAGUUUCACGAGGUGUGGGGUGAGCGAAGCGGACACGGAAAUGGAGGAAAGGACUUGCUGGGAGGAAGCAGUAUCCUGGAGGACGGUAUCGGGGAAGCCGUGGAAGGACUGGGGAUGAUUAGGUGA